AUGGACAAAAAGAGAGCGAACGUCAGCCCGCCUAGUAAGGCCAGCUCAGAGUACAACCAGGUGAAUGAAGGGUUCUACGUUCCCCUGAGAUAUGGACACAUCGCUCCGAAGACUAAAGCAGGACGCCUCUUCACCAUCUUAUAUAACGUGAUAGGCAUACCUCUUCUCCUGAUUUUCCUCGCUAACAUUGGCGAUUUCCUGGCUAACUCCUGCAGAUAUCUCUACAGCCGAGUGUGUUGCCGCUGGUGUAGGUUCAGACGAAGGCUGGCCGAGACGCGCGCUGGCAAGACUGUGGAGAAACGCUCGCUGUGGAAGGAUGAUGUUGGUUAUGAAAAAUACAUGGCUACUGAGAAGGUGAACGUGCCCAUCGUGGUGAACCUGUGCAUCAUCACGGUGUACUUGAUGUUGGGUGGAGUGCUCUUCAAAUGGUGGGAAGGAUGGGAUUUGCUCACCGCCGUAUAUUUCACUUUCAUCACCCUCACCACCAUCGGUUUUGGUGACCUGGUGCCCGGAAACUCCUUCUUAGACCUCGAAGAUGGCAUCACUGCAGGCUUGAAGAUGUUGGUGACUGUCCUCCUCUGUCUCUUUGGGAUGGCUCUGAUCUCCAUGUGUAUCAACCUGAUGCAGGAGCAGCUGGUGCACAAGACCCGCUGGCUACUGAUGGAGUUGGGUAUAGUUGAAGAGGAAAUUGACCCAAUGGAGAAGUACAAGUACAAGAAGACCAAGAAGGGGACAGUGGUAGAGACCAAACAGGAUCGAGACGGUAACAAGCGUCUCAGUCUGAUGAAUACUAACGAGGGCGAAUCUACCACCACCAGACCCCCCACCGUCUCUAACAUUAAGGAGGAGCUGGAAGACAUGUAA